GUGACGCACGAUUAUCUUCCCUCUGCCGACUCAUUGGCUGCUGGCUCUGCCUGUCAGUGAGCUCAGGUUCAGGGCUAUGCCAUCAGGGCAGAUUAUGAAGCAGAUCUCGUCUCUGCUGCUCUCCUCCACUUGUCUAAAUGGCUGAACACAGGCUCUCCAUGCUUCUCUUGCUGUGGUUCUUUGUGUGCAUGCAGCCAGCAUGGCCCUUUGAUCAAGUGCCUGCAAUCCUGGACAGGAGCUUGGAGGUCCCACCAUUUCAAAGCAUCAGAAUCAGACCAGAUGGAGUAGGCAUUGAAAGUUCAAGUGCUUCACAUGAGGAAACUUUCUCGCCUGCAGCUGAAAACCCACUCCGAAAAAUGUUGCAGCCCUAUGGAUGGCAUUUGCACACUCAGCCCAGAACUAAAAGGAAGUUACUUCAGUCUACUAGCUCGGGGCCAUACUCUCCUCUGAGUGUAGCUUAUAAUGGCAAGAUAUGCAUCCUGUUCAAGGCCAAGAGGCUGGCUAUUCGCUACAGAAACAACACUUUUCUGGACUUAACAGAAAGGGUAUUUGGACCCAAUGCCUCUGUAGACACCAAAGGCUCUGUAUGCACCAAAGAAAAAGCUACCCUUUCUCUUCGCCUGGGAGAUGUGGAGGACAUUAAAGCACUUGUCAUUAGGCUCCAAAUGUCCAACACAUUUUAUGAGUCAGUAGGCCAGAACUGGUUCACUUUGGACAGUGUUCAUAUCCACUACAACUGGACCCAUGAGGCUACUUUCAAUGCCACUGAGGUCUACGCUCCCGCUACCUACUCAUACCACUGCCAGCAUGUCAGCAGCCUACAGAAAUAUGACACCUUACUGGUGCCCAGUUCCCACACAGAUAGCUCUGCGAACUGGCACAUCACUUUUACAGACUUCCAAAUCCAAGCCUUCAACGUGCAAUCCAACAAAUUUGCCUCGGCCAGUGACUGCGCAACCUUCUUUACCCCAGCCAUCCUGAUGGGACUCAUCACAUCUCUGAUUCUGCUGCUGGUGUUGGCCUAUGCCCUGCACAUGGUAGUCCACCUCAAGCACAUUGACCGGUAUGAAGAGCACAAGACCACUGUCUACUUCCCACGUAUGCCUGAGGCUGAGCUCCCUGACAAGAACAGUGUUUAAGGGCAUUGUUGCCACCAGGGCGACACCUGUGGACCAGUUGCAACUCUGCAAAGGACCAGACAGGACCUCUUCUUAAUCUUGCCUCUUCUGAUUUGGGAUCAAUGCACUGUGCUCUCAGUCUUUGUCCUGCCCUGGAAAUAAACUUGUUUGGUUGUUGUUAAGUCUUGAGAGUCAAGAGGUGAGCUAAUAUGCUGAAUAGUGUGUUUAAUCCCAGGCUGGACGCAAAAGCUGGGCAUAUCAUGCUUCUCCAGGACCAAGACUGGGAAGCCUAUAACAAUGGAGUAAUAAACUGGAUUAAAAAUGGGUAGAUUUUAGAGCACCCAGAACAAUUAGGUCAGAAAUCUACAGUAUGAAUAUUCAACAGUGAAGAGGAAGAAAGAGAAAUGAAUGAAUAUGUGACAAAGUGUGCCUGUGACCCUAUGGUCAGCAAACAUUUGAAGUUACCGAUGUGAAUAACAACGGGAAAAAAAAAAACAUUUUGCGACUGCCACAAAGUUUGGCACAAAUUUGUCAGCCUUGACAAAUCACUGACAGUAAAAAAUGUGACUAUGAAAAAUAUAAAAGAAAGAAGAGCAAACUAUAAAUUACAAACUUUAAUGUAGUUUUUUAAGUAAACCAAACACCACAUGUACAAUAGAUUUAAUUCUGUCCUCAAACUCAAAAUAUGCAUUUAAUGAUGUAGUUGUAUAAAUCAUGGCUACUGACUUUAGUAUUUAACAGUCUUCAAUUACAAAACCUAUAUCAAACAUGCAUCAAAAUCAUGUUUUAUUUUCGAAAUCAUAAAAAAAAUUUAAAUGCAACAAAUUUUUAUAUGAGCUUAUGUAUUAGGCCUAUUUAAACUCUUUCCUGGUUACUAGGUGGAAUGUAUUAGGUCUAAUAAUAUGUACAUUAAUUUACAGCGAACGCUGUGUAACUAUAGGAAACGAAUGCUGUAUGAUAACUCAUGUAGGUGUAUACCCUCAGUAUCAUAUUCAGUAAGCCUUUAAAUAUGUACAAGUAACAUCAGUAACUCAUUAUUGCAAUAACCCACAGCAUGAAAACAGCUAAUGAUUAAACUUUUCAGGGCGGCUCUGACACUCAUGUGCAACUCAUGUUCUUUUUUUUUUUCCCAAAUGGAAA